AUGUUGUAUAGCGAUUAUUUAAAUUUAUUUCAGACAUAUGUUGUGGGUGUGUUUCCAUUUGUGCUCUUUGUAAAUGCUCCUCAUGGAAAACUAGCUCAACCAACACUAUGGUUCUCUAAAGGCUAUGUGCCAGGCCGUCUUGGUUGGAUACUUAUGGAAUUAGUAGCUCCCGUUACUUUUCUCUAUGCAUUACAACAGAGAAACCACUCUCUGGCUCCUGGGUUUGUAGGGGAUCUAUCCUUGCAUGACUUGGACCCAUUUCGUAAAGUAUUAGCAUUUAUGUUUUUGAUUCAUUAUGCCAAUCGUGCUAUUGUGAGUCCGCUUAUCUUUGCUCCUCACGUUUCACCUAUGCAUUGGACUGUAUUCGUUUCUGCCAUUUUAUUCAACUUUCUAAACGGAAUGUCCAUUGGUUUAUACUUGCUUCAGGCCACCGUACAACAUCACCCAAUUUCUUUGCCUUGGUUCAUUGUAGGUGGAUGCUUAUGGUUUUUCGGCUGGAUUGGCAACAUAUAUCAUGACAAUAUACUUUAUGACCUUCGGCGACGCCCACUUUCUAAAGCUCAGCAAACCAAUUCUUCGUCUUCGACUAUCCUGCCAUCUCAUUCUAAUGAGGAGGAGGUUGUUUCUUCCUUUCAAUCUCAUUACAAGAUUCCUUACGGUGGUCUAUUCACCUAUGUCUCUUGUCCCAACUAUUUUUGUGAAUGGAUCGAGUGGUUUGGCUGCUACUUGGCCGCUGGUAUGCAAGCAGAACCCAUCUGGUGGUUCUUUUUGGCCGAGAUCCUCUUAAUGCUCCCACGCGCCUAUCGAAUCCAUUCUUGGUAUCGUUCCCAUUUCUCGCGUUACCCUGAAGACCGCCUUGCAGUGAUUCCUUUUCUGUUUUAA